UUUCAUCAAAUUUCAGUACAGAGCAUCGAUUUUGCAUCAAAAAAGCAUCGCUUUGAUCAAUGAAAACUUGUUGUUUUUUUGGCCAAAACAAUGACUUUUCGAUGGUGUUAUCGAUAGUCUUUCGAUGCAAAAUCGAUGGUGCAUUGAUGAUGUUUCGAUGCAAUCAUGAAAACUUGAUUUUUAUCUAAAACAAUGCUUUGUCGAUGCAAUUUUGUUGCAAUUUCAAUGCUCUGCAUUGAAAUUUGAUGAAAACUUUGGAGGCUCAUAUUUUUUCACUCAAAUAUCUGUUUCAGAUGAUUUUUUUUAAUUUUGGUAUUUUUUCAAGAUCUACAAUAUUAGAAUGUUAGAGAGAGUGAGAGAAUGAGACAUGUUAGAGAGAGAAAGUUUAGAUUAAGAGAAAAAAAUGAGUGUUUGAAUAUUAAGUGUAUUUUUGUCUAAAAAAAUUGAAAUUGUCAUAUAUUUAGAAUAAUAACUUAUGUUGCUAUAUUAAAAAAUUUUACUAAGUUAUUGUGCAUGUAACAUUAAAUUUCCCAUUUAAAUUGUAGUAAUAGUUAUAUGCUACCUAAUUUACCUAAUUUUGUAAAUAGUAGCACCUUAAGCUAAAGCUGCCCAACUUCACAUGCCAAACACCAUAUUAACCGUAUUAAGUGUCACUGAUUGAUUAGCUUAUUAAAUAAAUUUAAAUGUGUAAGAAGUCAUAGUAGAUUGCAUCAUUAGCCGUAUCUCUUCGGCUGUUGGGCAGCAGUGUGUCCCUUUAGCAUUUCUCUUUUGUAAACAUGUAGUUCAACUUGGCUCUUUUUCCGUCUCUCCUAACGCCCAAGACCUCUCAAAUCUCAAAUCUCACUCUAAGUCACUACACCACCACGCCUUUGGUCCGUGCGUCCCACGGCUGCACCAUUAAGGCUAAAAGGUCGGUUACUGAAGGAUGAGCAUGCCUAUCCUUGAUUCAGAUCUGUUAAAGUCUUGAAUUCUGGGUUAUGGAGCAAACAUACUAAUUGGGGUUUUACCAGUCUCCUUCAGACCAAUGGCAUUCGUGAGCUUUACUACUCUCAUAAUUAUCUCAGCAAUAUUCAGGAUUAUUCUGAUCUUAUAUGGAGAAUGGCAAGAUACCCACAUGGAGGUUAGGUACACAGAUGUUGAUUACUUCGUCUUCUCAGAUGCUGCUUCUCUAAUGGCUUCUGGGAACUCUCCCUUUCAGAGAUCCACUUAUAGAUACUCCCCUUUGCUUGCUUUUUUCCUCACACCCAAUUCUUUUAUCCAUCGCUCAUGGGGAAAAUUCAUCUUCUCAGCUUCAGAUUUGCUUGUGGGUUUCUUCAUACGUACAAUUUUGAAGAUGCGUGGGGUGCCUGAGAAUCUAUGUCUUGUUUCUGUGGUCUCUUGGCUCUUCAACCCUUUCACCUUUACUAUUGGAACCCGUGGAAACUGUGAGCCAAUUGUCUGUGCCAUGAUUCUUUGGAUCAUUAUAUGUCUCAUGAACGGAUGCAUUUUUCAAGCUGCGGUUUGGUAUGGCCUCAUUGUUCACUUCAGAAUCUACCCCAUUAUAUACGCACUGCCCAUUCUUCUGAUUCUUCAUCCACAAGUCUUUCAAUCUGGUCAUCGGCCUGCUCUUCAAAGCUGGAGUCAUAUUGAACAAAAGUCAUCUCAACAAUCAUGUAUUACGAGAAUGGCUCAUUUGAUGCAUCCUUGGUUCCUUAUGAGAAGCGUACUAACGAAAGAGAGAAUACUUUUUGGCUUAAUUUCGGGGUCUGUGUUCUUUUUCUGUACUGCUUUUUUCUUUUGUUUAUAUGGGUGGGAUUUUCUGCAUGAGGCCCUGCUAUAUCAUCUUACCCGUACAGAUCCAAGGCACAACUUUUCUGUUUAUUUUUAUCACAUCUACCUUCAGUAUGAUCGUGAGCUCAUGAUAGCAGAGAAGCUCAUCUCAUUUUUGCCUCAGUUUUUAGUUCAGCUUGUUCUUAUUUCAAGUUUUGCUGAAGACCUCCCAUUUUGCUUCUUUGUACAGACAGUGGCAUUUGUGGCGUUUAACAAGGUGAUUACAGCACAGUACUUUGUAUGGUUCUUUUGUCUGUUGCCACUGUUGCUGCCUUGGAGCAGCAUAAAACUCAAAUGGAAAGGCCUUUCAUGUGUAAUCAUGUGGGUUGGAGCGCAGCUUCAUUGGCUGAUGUGGGGGUAUUUGCUUGAGUUUAAGGGGAAGAGUGUUUUUCCUCAACUAUGGAUGGCCAGUAUCUUCUUUCUAGCUGCAAAUACUUACCUUCUUGUUUCAGUUAUCCAUAAUCACAGGUACUCUCCCGUUUUUACUCAGCUGGGAUGAUACAAGGAAAAAAAUCAAAUGAUGGAAUAAAGCUAAAUCAUCGAAGAGUUACAGCAACUUUCAUAUUCUCAUUCUGUACUAAUGAAAGAUUCACACAAAAAUGUUUUUGCUUUUGCAUCUGUUGGUUUUGGUAGUUCAGAACAAGUUUUUGGUUUGCACCGUCUUGUGUUUGGUAUUAACAAAAAUAUUAUUACUUAAUAGAGGUUAGAGAUGAACUCUUUUUUUCA